AUGGCAAGCAAGCCCAUUAAGAAAUAUUUGCUUUUUACUUCUUUUUUUCGAUACAGCUCUGUUAUUUUUCCUAUAAAGAUUAGAAUUAUAUCGAGGCACAGACAGAUUUUGUUCAAUACUUGAUCGUUAUACGCCUUCGUGGAAAACAUCUGGAAGUUUGUACGAGCCCAGCCAACCAUCAGUAAAAUCUUCGAGAUUCAUCAGAGCUCUACCAGUCCAAUGCCUACCAAUUCGAGCGCUACUGAUGAACCCUCUGCUCAAAGCACCUCCGGUAAUCAAACUGCCGCUAGGAAAGUCAAGAUUAAUCGAAAAUCGUUUGUUCAAUACUUGUAA